CGUGCGCCACCACCGCCCGGCCUCUACUAUUGUUCUUUUCUUUUUCCUUUGUUUUUUGAGUCAGGAUCUCUCAUAUAGCCCAAGUAGUUACCAAACUCUUUGUGGCUGAGGAUGACCUUGAUCUCCUGAUCUUGCUCUCGCUUCUCAAGUGUUAGGAUUUGUAGGCAUGAAUUUGGCUGGGCUCUAGUAUUUUUUGAGUCUCUUAGUUCUUUUUGGUGCUUUGAGAGCAUGUCACAAUCCUUCCGUUGGUGCCUAGGAAAAGUUCCUCUAGUGGAACUUUCUCCUCCUUAUAUUCUAUCAUCAUAGUAGCAGUUAGUCUCAGUAUUCUAGGCAGUAUUUUCUUGAAAUGAUUCUGCUGGCUGUUGUUAAAGAAUUGGUGAGAAUGAGUGGAGAUGAAGAUUGUAAAAGGACCUGCUUCCUCUUUGCUUCAGUAGGAGAAAACAUGAAGGAAUUAAAGGAACCCAGGCAACGCAAAGAUAAUAGGCGCCCAGAUUUGGAAAUAUAUAAACCUGGACUUUCUCGACUAAGGAACAGACCUAAAACUAAGGAGGCUUCUGGGAGUGAGGAAUUUAAGGAUGAGACUGUGAAUGACGGAGACUCUUCUGUUGGGAAUGGUACACAGCUUAUUAAAGUUUGCAAGGAAUUGGACAGCCAACAGCAAAAUGGUCCUACAGAGCCAGAAAAUCAUCAGGCACAGGAGACUUUCUCAAAGACUGGUGGACUAGAGGACCGGAAUCUAAGAAUCAUCAAGAGAAUAAAAAAACCUGACCUUCAGAUCUAUCAGCCUGGAAGGCGUUUGCAGGCUGUAACCAAAGAGUCAGCUAACAGGGCAGAUGAGGAAGAAAUCCUUAACCAAGUGGAACAAUUGAGGAUUGAGGAGGAUGAGUGUAAGGGAAAAGUUGCAAAAGCAGAAGUCGAGAAUAAACCAGACAAAACUGAGACAGAAAAGAACCAAGCUAAUGACCGAGUAAGAACUACCAAGGGAGAAAAAGGAAAAAAGAUUGAAAAGGGGGAGGGGACAAAGAAGGUGAAUGAUGACUCUGCACAAGGGAAACCAGGUUCUGUAAAGCGGUAUUCCCGAUCAGACAAACGAAGGAAUCGCUACCGCACUUGCAGUACCAGCUCAGCUGGUAGCAACAACAGUGCUGAAGGAGCUGGCCUGACUGAUAAUGGAUGUCGCCGGCGGCGCUUGGAUCGGACCAAGGAGAGGCCACGACUGAAGAAGCAGGUGUCUAUGUCCUCAACUGAUUCCUUAGAUGAGGAUAGAACUGAUGAGCCUGAUGGAUUAGGGCCCAGGAAGAACUCAGAAAGGAAGAGGCAUUUAGAAAGAAAUUGGUCUGGCCGAGGCGAGGGUGAACAGAAAAGCAAUGGCAAAGAAAACCGAGGCACCCUUCGAGUCACUUUUGAUGCAGAAACCAUGAAUAAAGAUUCCCCCAUGGUGAGGUUAGCCAGGGAGAAUGUGGAAAGAAUACAGUCUGACAAAGGCCUGAGCAGUGGGGGCAAGGGCUCUGAGAAGCAGGAGUUCAAAAACCCAAAACAAGAACUUCGAGGUCGUGGUAGAGGCAUUCUGAUUCUGCCUGCUCAUACUGCCCUAUCUGUCAGUUCAGCGGGUUCUCCAGAGUCUACACCUUUGGGACCGCGGCUUUUAUUUGGAUCUGGUAGUAAAGGAUCUCGUAGUUGGGGUCGUGGAGGCACUACCCGCCGACUAUGGGACCCAAACAAUCCUGAUCAGAAGCCUGCUCUGAAAAGCCAGACACCUCAGCUACAUUUCUUGGACACUGAUGAUGAAAUCAGCCCUACAUCUUGGGGUGAUUCACGUCAGGCCCAAGCUUCUUAUUAUAAAUUUCAAAACUCUGACAACCCCUAUUAUUACCCUCGGACACCGGGCCCUACCUCUCAGUAUCCCUAUACAGGCUAUAGCCCUCUACAGUACCCAGUGGGCCCUGCAAAUGGUAUGUAUCCAGGGCCAUAUUACCCAGGCUAUCCUGCCCCCUCAGGGCAGUAUGUAUGUAGUCCUCUCCCUGCCAGCACCAUGAGUCCUGAGGAGAUAGAGCAACACGUGCGGAACAUGCAGCAACAGGAGCUACAUAGGCUUCUCCGAGUAGCUGACAACCAGGAAUUGCAGCUUAGCAACUUGCUCUCCAGAGACCGCAUCAGUACUGAGGGCAUGGAGAAGAUGGCUCAGCUCAGAACUGAACUUCUGCAGCUGUAUGAGCGCUGUAUUCUAUUAGAUAUUGAAUUCUCUGACAAUCAGAAUGUAGAUCAGAUCCUGUGGAAGAAUGCUUUCUAUCAGGUGAUUGAGAAAUUCAGGCAGCUUCUCAAGGAUCCAAAUAUUGAGAACCCAGACCAGAUUCGGAACAGACUCUUGGAGCUCUUGGAUGAGGGUAGUGACUUCUUUGAUAGUUUGCUUCAGAAACUACAGGUUACUUAUAAGUUCAAACUGGAGGACUACAUGGACGGGCUUGCCAUUCGAAGCAAGCCUUUACGAAAGACAGUAAAAUAUGCUUUGAUCAGUGCUCAACGCUGUAUGAUUUGCCAAGGAGAUAUCUCUAGGUAUCGGGAGCAAGCCAAUGAUACAGCAAACUAUGGGAAGGCACGCAGUUGGUACCUGAAGGCCCAGCAUAUUGCUCCCAAGAAUGGGCGCCCCUAUAACCAGUUGGCUUUACUGGCAGUGUAUACGAGGAGGAAGCUUGAUGCUGUAUAUUAUUAUAUGCGCAGUUUAGCAGCCAGCAACCCUAUCCUGACUGCCAAAGAGAGUCUCAUGAGUUUAUUUGAAGAGACUAAACGAAAGGCUGAACAGAUGGAAAAGAAACAGCAUGAGGAAUUUGAACUGAGUCCUGAUCAGUGGCGUAAAGGAAAGAAGUCUACUUUCCGGCAUGUUGGGGAUGACACUACUCGCCUGGAGAUCUGGAUUCAUCCAUCCCAUUCUCGGUCCUCCCAAGGCACUGAGUCUGGGAAGGAUUCUGAGCAGGAGAAUGGUCUGGGCACCCUGAGUCCCAGUGAUCUGAACAAAAGGUUCAUCCUCAGUUUUCUCCAUGCCCAUGGGAAGCUGUUUACCCGGAUUGGGAUGGAGACAUUCCCUGCAGUGGCUGAGAAGGUCCUUAAGGAGUUCCAAGUGUUGCUGCAACAUAGCCCAUCUCCUAUUGGAAGUACCCGUAUGUUGCAGCUUAUGACCAUUAACAUGUUUGCUGUACAUAACUCCCAAUUGAAAGACUGCUUCUCAGAGGAGUGUCGCUCUGUGAUCCAGGAACAAGCUACAUCAUUGGGCUUGGCUAUGUUUUCUCUACUGGUACAGCGCUGCACAUGUUUACUUAAGGACUCUGCCAAAGCUCAGCUGUCCUCUCCUGAGGACCAAGAUGACCAAGAUGACAUCAAGGUGUCUUCCUUCGUCCCAGACCUGAAGGAGCUGCUCCCCAGUGUCAAAGUCUGGUCAGAUUGGAUGCUUGGUUACCCAGACACCUGGAAUCCUCCACCCACAUCUUUGGAUCUGCCCUUGCAGGUUGCUGUGGAUGUGUGGUCAACACUGGCUGACUUCUGUAACAUACUGACUGCAGUGAAUCAGUCUGAGGUGCCACUGUAUAAGGACCCGGAUGACGACCUCACCCUUCUUAUCCUGGAAGAGGAUCGGCUCCUCUCUGGCUUUGUCCCCUUGCUGGCUGCCCCUCAGGACCCCUGCUACGUGGAGAAAACCUCGGAUAAGGUUAUUGCAGCUGACUGCAAAAGGGUCACAGUGCUGAAGUAUUUUCUGGAAGCCCUUUGUGGACAAGAAGAGCCUCUGCUGGCAUUCAAGGGUGGAAAAUAUGUGUCAGUGGCACCCGUCCCAGACACCAUGGGAAAGGAAAUGGGAAGCCAAGAGGGAAAACAACUGGAAGAUGAGGAAGAAGAUGUGGUAAUUGAAGACUUUGAGGAAGAUUCAGAGGCUGAAGGCAGUGGGGGCGAGGAUGAUAUCAGGGAACUUCGGGCCAAGAAGCUGGCACUGGCGAGGAAGAUAGCUGAGCAACAACGACGCCAGGAAAAGAUCCAGGCUGUUUUGGAAGAUCAGAGUCAGAUGAGGCAGAUGGAGCUGGAGAUCAGACCCUUGUUCCUCGUACCAGAUACCAACGGCUUCAUUGACCACCUGGCCAGUCUGGCUCGACUGCUGGAGAGCAGGAAGUACAUCCUGGUGGUGCCCCUCAUUGUGAUCAAUGAGCUCGAUGGCCUUGCCAAAGGGCAGGAGACAGACCACCGGGCUGGGGGCUAUGCCCGUGUGGUACAAGAAAAGGCCCGGAAAUCCAUCGAGUUCCUUGAACGGAGAUUUGAGAGUCGGGACUCUUGCCUGCGGGCCUUGACUAGCCGUGGCAAUGAACUUGAAUCCAUCGCCUUCCGCAGUGAGGACAUCACUGGACAACUGGGUAACAACGAUGACUUGAUCCUCUCCUGCUGUCUGCACUACUGCAAAGACAAGGCUAAGGAUUACAUGCCCACUAGCAAAGAGGAACCGAUCCGCCUGCUACGGGAAGUGGUGCUGCUGACCGAUGACCGGAACCUGCGGGUGAAGGCACUGACAAGGAAUGUGCCUGUGAGGGACAUCCCAGCCUUCCUUACGUGGGCCCAGGUGGGCUGAGGGGGCCACACUGGGGCCCACCCCCAUGGAACCAUUCCUGAGAGGCCACCAGGCGUCCAGUGUAGCACGGAAGAUGUCCACGUGCCUGAGCCACCAGUCCACCCAGACAAUAAACCAUCCUCUUCCAACCUCACGCCGUGGCCGUGCUGUGGGGGAGCCGCUCCUCACAGAGCCCCUCCCAAGGGUCAGGCGGAAGCUGCUGGGACCCUCCUGGGCUGCCAAGUUUAGCAGGGAGGUGACUGGCUACAGUGACAACAGGUGGAGCCAGAUAGGCCACCAAGCUCUCAGCCUUUCUCCUUCCUGUCUGGUUUCAGGGCUGGAAGGAGGCCUACUCAACCCAGGGACCCAGCCACUCUGUAGUGGCAAAGGGGCAGAGGUUCCAGAGUUUCAAGUGAAAUGAUAGAGCCCUCAGUCUGCAGAACCUCUGUCCUGAAUGUCUGAGAGGCUUUGGCUGUUAGGAAGAGUGUACCCAGGGGGUCUCUGUCUCCCUGAGGCCUAGGCCCCCUAUGGACCCACACUGGGUUCUGUCCAUAACAGCAGCCCUAGCCCUUCACUCUACACACAUUCAUGCACGCACAUACAGACACACACACACACACACACACACACACACACGUUUCUCUUCCUGUCCACAUCAGUCUUUGUCCUUGCACUUUGCCUUUGUUUUCCCUUUGGGCAGUCCUGGGUCUAGAGGGAAGGGACAUCUAGUCUUGGGCCUGUGCUUCCUGAGUGGCCUCCCACCUGCAUAUGCUUCUAAUACUUGGCCUUCCUUUCUCACUAGCACCCUCUUGGGGAAAUUUCCUCUAGACUCUUCCUGUUCCUUCUUUGUCUGCCUUCCCUUUCUAGUUGGCUCUUUCAUCACCCCAAGGGCACUCAACUUCCUCACCUCAGUUCCUUGUGGGGCUUAUCGCUCCAAAUCCCCACACAACCUGUGACUGGAACCAAAUACAGCUUUCCCAGCUGUCUUUUCCUUCCCAAUCCUCCUUUAUACCUCUAAGAAGCUUCCCCGCUGGUGGAGGUAGGCCCAGAACCUGGGGUGUUUGGCCAGUUCCUUUCUCUAUCCUCCUAUUCUCUACCCAGAAGAGGGGACACGGGCUCCUUUAGCUUCUGAGGGUUUUGUUUUGUUUUUCCUUGGUGCCCCUCUGUUCACAACCUCACUUGGAGGUGCCCUACCAGGAAUGAAUUCCUUCGGCCUUGCACAGGGCAGAGGAGAAGGCAGUCUCUGUUGGAGAGGAGUAAAUCUCAGUAGAUCACACAGCCCACAGCCUGACUGUACCCACUUCUCCAAGGAGCAGUGUGCAUCACCAGGAGUGCUCUGCCCUCUUCAGGCUCGGGGUCCUACCAGAAGAGAGCUGUGCAGGAGAGCCUAGGACAGUGAUUGGGGGUACAAAUGCCCAGGGCUCAGAAGACCGUGUCUGUUGAGUUGUAAGGCCCAGGCCCUUUGAGGUCCUCUCCUCAGCUGUGAAGGCCACUGGCUGAGGUGGGGGAAGUGGGAGAACACCUUUCUUCUUUCUGUCCCAUUUGAAACCCUGGUUUUGUUUCCUUAAUAAAU